UCUGUUUCUCUCUCACCGGUUUUUUUCAAGCCUUUUGUUAGUUUACUUUUUUGAUGCUUUCUUUUUGUGGAGUAAACAUGAAAUACUGGAUGUGCAGUUGUUGUUGUUAAAUCACAUGAAACCUUCUUUAACCUGUUAACUCAAUGUUAUUAGUUUGAUUAUUUUGAAAAUUAUCUCAAUCUUUAUCAAUUUUACCCUACUUAAUAGUCUUGUGGAGUUGUUAUUUUGGCAAUUACUGAUUUCUUUUUGUCCUCUCUACUCUGUCUGCCUUUGUAACAAAUAAAGUCACUCUUGUGUUGACACUUUUUUGACAUGAUUUCUAAUACUGUUUAUGUGCCUCCUGAAAAUGAAUUGAACAGUAUUUCCACUCAGCAGAAUGGUUUACUUGAACCUGAUGAUGGAUCAGUUGCUGUCACUGUUAAUAGAUCUCUAAGUAACUCGGGUACAACAAAUGUCAACCACAGUGAAUCUACUUUUUCUCAUAGUUCAUCUUCAAAACCAUCUCAAGUAUCUACAUUGAAUUUGACGACAUCACCUUUAACGUCCACUUUAACAAAAGCUAUACCAGUAACAACGACACCAGCAUCAACAAAAGAAUGCAUUUUGGAGGAAAAUACUGAAACAACUUCUUCUACAUUAAAUCCAAUAAUGACUACAUCAUUGACAACCAAAGGAGAUUCAUCUACAGGUAACCAUACACAACCAGUAAAUCGUGUUAACCAUUCCUCAUCUGUGUGUAAGAUUGAUUCUGCCAGGAAUCAUAAAAAUGCAGUCGAUGAUUAUUCUUGUGGAUUGUGUUCUUUUAAACCUAAAUAUCUUCAACCUUGUGCCAAUAAAAAGACGUUUCUUGCUGUUUUCUGUCUAACCUCGGUUCUUCAAGGAAUGUUUUAUACCUACUUUGUUUCCGUUUUAACCACAAUCGAAAAACUGUAUCAAGUACAAUCAAAGGCAACCGGAUUCAUCAUGUCAGCCACCGAGAUGGGUCAAAUCAGUGGUGUCCUCUUUUUAACUUAUUAUGGUGGCCAAGGCAAUAGACCUAAAUGGAUUGCCUGUGGUAUGAUUGUUUUUGCCUUGGCUGCUCUACUUGCUGCUUCACCUCAUUAUUUUUUUGAUGAUUUAGCUCGCAAACAAUUUUCACCUCAUCCAGUUAUUGAUUUUUCUCAAUCAUUGCCAUCUUCCUCAGUAUCAUCCUCAUCAUCAUCACCACCAUCCACUCUCUCUUCCGAAUUUAGUCAUUUAGAUAAGAAAAAUAUUGGACUGCUGUUUGUGAAAAAUCAAUUAUGUUCAGUGUCCAAGUUUAACGAUGAUUUAAAUCAAAAUUCAUCUGCAUUUCUCAAUAGUUCAUCUGGUACUAAUGAAUCUCAAUGUGCCUCAGAAGAAAACACCAAUAAAGCCAACCGUUUGACCAAUUCGGUAUUAGCAAUUUUCUUCAUCAGUCUGUUGUUUAUCGGAAUUGGUUCAACAACAACAAAUACUUUAGGUAUACCUUACAUUGACGACAAUGUGGCUCCGAAAGAUUCACCUCUUUAUUUCGGCAUCACCAUUGGAGUCAAAAUUUUUGGUCCAGUUAUUGGGUUCCUUUUAGGUUCAGUGUGCACCAAUAUUCACAUUGACUUUCCUUUUGGUGAAUCAUCGAUUGAGAAUCCUUCUGAUCCACAAUGGAUUGGUGCUUGGUGGCUUGGAAUGAUCUUUGUCUUUCUCACGUUAUCAUUUGCCUCCAUUUUCAUGAUGGCAUUUCCAAAAAAACUUUCCAAAGUGAAUGACUACAAUGAUAAAAGAAAGGAUACAUCGGAUGAAGAUCAGCAAAUGGUCGCUACAUCGACGACUGAUGCAGAAUCACAUCGGGCAAAUUUGAAAGAUUUCCCAUCAACUCUUCGGCGUUUACUCAAGAAUGAUGUUUUACUCUUGAGGAUAGCUUCGUCGGUACUCCAUUUAUUGCCCAUAGCGGGUAUUUAUACCUUUUUACCCAAAUAUUUGGAGUCACAAUUUCAAUUGACUGCCUCACAGGCUAGCGCUGUUACGGGUAUUGCAGGCAUUUUGGUCAUGGGUUUUGGUAUAUUUGCAAGCUCCUUUUUCAUUGGCAGAUAUAAACCAUCGCCGAAGUUCGUUGCUCUCUGGAUUGCAGCUGCUGCACUUAUUUACUCAAUAGGAAUGGUGAUACUCAUGGGUCUUGGUUGUCCAAUGAAUGAAUUUAUUGGAUACAACAGUAAUGGCCCAGAUAAAUCUUGCUGGAAAGACUGUUCCUGUUCUGGUCAUUUUGCUCCUAUUUGCACAAGUCAGAAAACUACUUACCUUUCCCCGUGUAUUGCUGGCUGCACCAAAGUUACUCGCAAUUCUUCAUCGUAUACAUACUCGAAUUGUGGCUGCCUGGAUCUCAAUGUUACAGCAACAAGUGGUUAUUGCCCCCUGGAAUGCUCUAAUCUGAUUUGGUAUAUCGUGAUAUUUGCUACAAUAGUAUUGGUACACUCUACUUGUGAAGUUGGAUCGAUGCUGUUAACUCUCAGGUGCGUCGAACCACAUGAUAAAGCCAUGGCCUUAGGUCUUGUUUCUUUUUCAAUUGGACUUUUCGGAAAUGUGCCUUGUCCGAUCCUUUAUGGUACUGUUGUCGAUUCCGCUUGUCUUUUUUGGGAAGAAAACUGUGGUAAACUUGGUGCUUGUCGAAUUUACGAUUCGUUUAAAUUCCGAACUACUUUUCAUGGUUUAACGGCCUUUAUUAUGUUUAUUGCCUGUCUUGUCGAUAUUUUUGUCUGGUACCGAGCAUCAUCCAUUGAUUUUGGGCAUGAAAUUGAGGUUCAACAAAAUGAAGAUGAAACAAAAGUGAAGCUACAAUCCCCAAAUGCAUCCGAUGACAAAUCAACUAAUGUUCCUAAUGAUGAAGAUGAAGACGAAGAAGAUGAAGAAGAGGAUUUUGUAAAAGAGGAUAAAAACUCAAAUGGAACCAGAUCAAGUGAACUGAAGCCAUUGAAUGUCGUCAAAGUCGAUAUAAACGCUGAUGACAUGGUUUAACCAGAUGAACCUAUUUUUCAAUUAAAGCAUAAUCUACAUCAAAACCUAUGGUAACAUGCAAUCCUUUACCAAGGAACCUGUUAACUACUACAAUCAAAAGAGAUUCCAAUAUUUACCCGGUUAACCAGUUUUUAAGACGAGAUUGAUUUUACUAUAAAAAUUGUACAUAACUAUACAUAUACAUCUAUUGUGAUUCCAAUUUCACUGAUAUUAAUUUUUGUUGCAAUCACCAAUUAUAAAUACUUAUCAAUCAAUUCCCAACGAAUCAUCCAACCCGAUUCCACGACGAAACAACAUGAAUAAUUUGCUGAAAAUAUAUAUUUCUUGAUACACCAUUUCUAUACACACCAUGACCAACCAUUUGUAAUCCAUUUGGGUUCAGCCAAAAGCAAAGCAAUGACACACAAUAUUUCAGUUUUUGUAUUAUACUAAAUUUAAAAUUAAACUUGUUGCCUAACGCCUGUGAUAAAA